AUGAUGAUCCAACAAACUCUACUAGCUGGAUCAACGUUGGGCAAGUUCACAGCCCUAAAACCCAAACCAGAGGGGCCAGAAGAUGAUAAAAGAAGAGAGAAGAAAGAGCCAGAGGAGUCUCGAGUUGGAGUCCUUGGGAAGAAUGCAGAUAACAGAAGAGCAGACGGCCCACCAAAGACCAUUCCGUUGGAGCCAUCCAAGGCUGAGGGAGUUAAAAAGAUGGGUGAGUCUACGGUUGCUGAUAGCGAGGCGAAAUCAGCAUCCGUUAGUUGGACCACAGUGGUAGCAAGAAAUACCCAGGACACUCCUCUGAGUAGAACACUAUCCCUGCUUAGAAGGCAACAAGCGCCCAAGAAAAGUCUCGGUUAG